AUGAAGAUGCGCCCCCUCCUUCCUCUUGUGCUGGCAUCAUUGCCGCUCAGCGUCGUGGCUUUCGCCUCGUCGGAGGGCGGUGGCGGCACCGUCGGAGGUCGGUGCUUGGCGGCCGGCGAAACACAGGUCUCCUUCUUUGAAGCGUUCGACUUGACAGCUGCAGACCCGACUGCGCAGGCUUUCAUCACAAACAAGCAGCAGGCCGAGUGGACCACCACCACGGGCCCCGGCAAGUUCUAUGCCGACGCUUCGACUUGGUUCGCGCCGUUGCGGGAGUCGGCGGACACUUCGACUGAAGUCGUCGGGCGGGCCUAUGGGUACUGCUCCACCGUCGCGCUGCAGUCCAACACGGCGGAGAACCGCACGAAGCUUUGCUGGUCCAACUUCGAGUGGCAUGCUGGGCGCUUCAAGGACUCGACGCUGGUGAUGUCCGGCCCGUACAAGUACGAUCGAGAGGAGCCGGGCAAAAUGUACGGUGCGUUUGGCAGCCAGGCGGGCAGCGGGAACUUCACCAUCACCGGCGGCACCGGCUGCUUUGCUGGAGCCAUUGGCAUGGUGGGCCAGCGGAUGACCAACGACCCCAAUGUGUUUGAGGAGGUCAUCUGGCUGGCGCCUGCGUCUCAGCCGAAGCCACCUGCCCGCGCUCGGGCGAUGAAUUCGAUGCCAAACCCCACCAAAGAUUGCCUGUGGGACGAGGGCAUGAACACCAGCUUCUUCGAGACCUACGACCUGAUUGCCCAGCAGUGUGGCGCCACUGCGCACAACCCGGAUGCCAACGCACAAGCCUACGUCACCAACACGAAAGGAGAGUGCACUACAGCAUCGACGGGGCCCGGCAAGUGGUACGGCGACGCCACGACCUGGUACGCGCCGCUGCGCGAAGCAAACGACGUCACGGCCGACAUUGUUGGCUGGGCCAAUGGCUACUGCGUGACAGUCGCUCUAGAAAAGAGCGAAACGAAUUCGCCGCCCCUCGACACCCUCCGCACGCAGCUCUGCAUCUCCUCUUUCGUCUGGCAUGCCGGGCGUUUCGCGGGCUCGUCGAUUGCCAUGCAAGGGCCCUACUGGUACGAGCGCGAGGACCCCGACGCAACGUACGGCACGUUUGGCAGCCAGGUGGGCGACGGGAGCUACACGAUCAUCGGCGGCACCGGAUGCGUUGCCGGCGCCGUGGGCACGCAGUUUGAGCAGAAGACCCUGGACCGUAACACGUGGCGAGAGGUGGUCCAGCUGGAAGAGAAGAAGAAGACGUGCGAUGACAUCUUCGUUUCCGACGGUGGGAAGAAGACGGUCUCGUUCUUCGAAGCCUACGACCUCCUCAUUUCGCCAGGCGUCCCCAACCCCGACGCCGUCGCGCAGGCCUACGUGACCGACUCUAAAGGGGGCUACAUCUCAGAGACGAAUGGUCCCGGCAAGUGGUACGGCGACGCCACGACCUGGUACGCGCCGCUGCGCGAAGUGAACGACGUCACGGCCGACAUCGUCGGCUGGGCCUUUGGCUACUGCGUGACAGUCGCUCUGCUCGAGGGCACAGAUUGCGAGGAGCAGAGCUGCCUUCGCACGCAGCUCUGCAUCUCCAACUUCAAGUGGGACGCUGGUCCCUUGGCGGGCUCGUCGAUUGCCAUGCAAGGACCCUACUGGUAUGAGCGCGAGGACCCCAACGUGUCGUACGGCACGUUUGGCAGCCAGGUGGGCGACGGGAGCUACACGAUCACCGGCGGCACCGGCUGCUUUGCUGGAGCUGUGGGCGUGCAGUUCGAGAAGAAGACCGAAAAUCCCAAUGUGUGGGAGGAGCGUGUGAUCGAGCGCGUCAAGCGGACCGUCCUGCGCAACUCCACCUACAUUCAGUUCCAGAUGCACUCCGGUAACAAGCUUUUCGUGGCCAACGGCGUGGCAUUCCCUUGGAGCAAGAGCGAGACGGAAGGCGGCGAGGGCAGCAGUGGCCUGCUGGCGGAGGGGGCUGCCAAGCGCGCGCGCACGGCAGUGCAGCGGCUCGGCCACAACGACAGCUGGGGGGAGGGGCAAGCCUCGCGCUGGGCGUCGUGCGAGGGGGGGCAGGCGGGCACGCCGUGGUACUCGCAGGCAGCGAGGAACAAAAAGCGAAAGCGGCACCUGCAGGCCAACGAGAGCGGCGAGAUGCUCCGGCGGCACUCUGGCAGCGACACCGGGGGCCACUCUGGGAGCGACACUGAGCUGCAGAUCGACGAGAGCGACGAGGAGGGCGCCGCGGCGAUGAUGCUGUUCAUGCCUGGGCGGCAGGCGGGAAGCCCCGAGGGCGGCAAGAGAGCGCGGUCAAGGACGGGGUCCGAGGCCGGAACGCCGGGGCCACUGCCAGCGGUGGUGGCGACAGAGUUGCUUGCCUUUGCGUUCUCGAGCCGCAGCGGAAGCUACGUGUCGAACGCGGCGCACACCAAUGGCGCCGUGAAGCCGCUCGUCGCUGGCCGCUUCGAGGCGCAGAACCAAGCGAGGGAAGAGAACGUCCCGAUCUUUGAGGCGAAGCAGCACGAUGAGAUGAGCUCGCUGCCGCCGCAGCCGCCACUGCCGUCCGUCGCAACAGGCGAUGGCACUGUCGCUGCGCAAGUGUGGAUCGGACGAUACGAAUCGAGGGCGCUCGCCAGCAUGGACGACGUGGAGCAGCUCCUCGCCGCGGCGCAGUCGGGCACGGCUGCCGCUCGGGUCGGGAGCCAGGAGAAGGAGCAGCCCGCUAUGUGGACGGUCGAGGAGGACUUGCUCAUCGUCGACCUGGUCGAGACGAUCGGCAAGCGCUGGAACCGCAUCGCCGCGGCGCUGCCCGGGCGGACCGAGAAUGGUGUCCGCAAUCGGUGGAAGCGCAUGGAGAAGGCUCAGCAGGUGCGGAAAGACAAGGGGGAUGGGCACGGCUACCGGUGCGGCCGGUGCGGGCAGCCCAAGGCAGGGCACAUCUGCCCCGCGCUGACGUCGGGCGAGCGGCUCGAGGGCGAGAACCUGGUCAAGAGGGCCACCGCCCUCUCCGCGAUGGCCUCGAGGAAGAUUAGCGUGCAGCAGGCCGCGCAAGCGCUGGACAACGUCAUUUAUCGGCCGUGCAAGUGGCUCGAGCGCUUCUGCUAA